UAUUCCAUUUUAACAGUUCUUUUAAACCUAGAUAUUAUAUAAAGUUCAAUUGUCAGGCGUCUGUGACGUCACCAAUAAAUGACGUCAUGUUUUCACGGUUCCGACGCUCCAAAUCUGAAAAACCGGUCGUACCGGAGGAUGUAACGUCAGAUCUACGUGGAAUGCCUGCUUUGAAGCAGAGACGAUCGGAGAGAAGAGAGGAAUCGUUACAUUCGAUGAUGUCAAGUUUAUCAGAAACUGACAACACACGCAACAACAAUGGCUCGCAAAUCCAUGCAGUUGAAGAGGAACCAAUUUUUGGAGAAAUUAAUAUUCCAAGAAAUUACAAACGACCUUUGUCACCCGGAAGUAUUGAGAAUCGUGACGCAAGACAGUCAAACUACGUUGAUAGGGUAGUUAACGGAAGAGGAUCGCAUUUUGUAUUUGAUGAUGAAAAAGUUAAUGGGGCUGAUGAAAAUGUUUUUGUUGAACAUGACGACGAAGAACAACCCAGCAUCAACACAUCGUGGCGCAUGUCGAAAGGUGACUCUGGAUAUAAAUCGAAAGACGAAGAAUUGAAAGAAACAAAUAAUAACAAUAAGAGAAAGUCAAAGAAACCUAGAAAGAAAAGUAGUGAACAGGAACAGUCAAGAGCCAGCGGACUUUACACCAUUAAACAACAACGAAAGGCCAGCAGAGAAAGCGGAAGCCCGAGCAUGCGAGCGUUGACUCCCAGGGAGCGAGAAAGCAUUCAAUGUUUAGAAGAAGUAUUGAAGGAUCAUCCACUUGAAGGAGAAAAUGUCGUGGAAGUGAUCGACAGCGAGUUCUCUGACAACGAUCAGUUGGAAGAAGAGUUCGAUCAGUCAACCAAACAAACAACGAUGGAAGAAAAUGAAGAGGCGGUAGAUUAUGGAUACGCUUCUGUUAACGACAUGUCAAGAAAAUAUAGUCUCGAAAGUUUGGAAAGUGUUGGAAGUAUUAUAGAUUUAGUUGGAAACCUAUCCUCGUCGCCAACAUCCCCUGCAUACACUAUUACCGACAUGUCCAAGAAGAAUCAGGACGUCAACAAAACUGAUGACGACAUUCGCUUACGUAACGGUGACGACAUUACAACCGAAGUUCGCGAUAAUAUUCAUCAUAGUGACGUCCAACGACCAACGAAUGAAAACGCUGAUGAUUACGGUACCUUCGCUCAUGACGUCAUUAUGCAGCUUGAUGAGGUCAUUCAAUCAUUCAGCAUCCAUACCACUGAUGACGAAGCCGAUCCGGUCGAGGAGUCGUAUUCUCGAGAAGAAAAAAAGAGAGAGAAACGGAGCAAGAGACUAAAUUCGAGAGAUUCUAACACGGAUGGCGAAAAAGAAAAAAAGAAACGAGAGAGAAGGAAAACGAAAGAUUCUGAUAGAGAUAAAGAAAGAAAGGAGAGAAGAAAAAAGAAAAAGGAAGAGAAGAAAACGAGAGAAGGGAAAGAUUCGAGAGAAGAAUCUCUGAGGCGUAGAGAGGAGAGAAUUUCCAAACAUGUCGACGAAAUUAGCGCUCUCACUCAGGAUAUGAUUAAAACAGCUCAACAAGAGCAGCUGCAAGAGGAGCCAGUGUAUGCUCAGGUUGAUAAAUCGAGAAAAAAAUACGAUUCCAAAGUGAUACAAAAUCAAGAAACAAAAACGAAUAAUAACGCAGCUUCCAGCGAAUUAAUUGAUCCGCCUUCACCGUUUAGUAAUCGCCUGGAUACUAGCAAGGAUGAACAUAAUACUGAGAGAGUUACGGAUUUCUCUACAAAACAACACGGUUUCGGAAGUUUCAUUCAUUCAGAUGGCCCUAACGCAUCUGAAGUAAACACACCAAAUUCGUUCGAACCCGCCGCCAUUAAAACCAACGCCGAAAUGAAUACAGGUUCACAGUAUCAAUCAAAUAGGAAAUCUUGGGGGCAAAUGGAAGAAAAACAAGCUUCCCCGUCGACACCUGAAAAAUACACCAAUUUCACCUGCACGUCAACACCUAUUGCAUCACCUAAUCCAUCAAGUUAUUCGCCGCUACAAAAUAACUCCAAUAUCACAAAAAAAUCAACAGGGUCCGGGCUCCGACGUCCUGUUUCCGACGCUUCUGAUUAUUACGUGCGAGUUCAGCCGUACAUGUCGAAGUAUUUGAAUCGUACUCCAGAUAAACCGCAUAUCUCUCAAUCAAUUCUUGAUGAUUCGUCCAAAGGACUUAAACACGUAGAGGUUAAUUCAACAAAAGGUAAAGUAUUGCACGUCGAGCCCGCAAAACAUUUAAUACAAGAAACAAAAGUUCCAAUGUCAUAUAAUACACCUCCCAUAUCACACGUCGAGCCGCCAAAGUUACGACCGAAAAAGCCUGCAAGUGAUGACGUAAAACCACGCCAUGUUGUUAGCCAGAGCACAAAACAACCUUUACCCACCACCUACAACAACCGUGGAAGACCGAUGUCCUUGAACCUUGAUGAAAGUGGGAAUCUGGUAACCCUCGCAGAACAGAAGCAUAACGGAAUUGCAGUGCAACCGUAUUCGUCGUUCGGCAAAGGAUUGAAACCAAUUGAAAAACCUAAAUCAAAACCAAGACCGUUUGUUAUUACUUCAUCGAAGAAACCGAUACAGUUGUAUUGAAUAUGAAAAUUCAGACGGUAGACUUCCAUAUCAGCUAAUAUUGGACGAGGUGCUCGGCGUCGAGAAUUUGCAGUUUUCAACAAGUCCGGAUGCAAUAGAUUAUAAUUGACUAUAAGCACUCAAUGUAUUAGGAACUGGCAUAUUGCGGAAUAUUAAAGACUCGGAUCUUAAACAUCUAUUGCUGAUAUUUGGCCAAACCACUUAAGUUCAACUUUGCUGCGUUAGUACUUCCGUAGUGUGUGUACGAGGUUGGGGUUAGGGCAUAAUUUGAUUCCAACUUUCCUUAUUUUAGUUCUAUUACGAGUUCGGGUACUGUCCGUGUUAGCCAAGUGAAUAUACCCGCCUGCCCAUAGGCUUCCGUCCUUUUAUACAACUUGAUGUGAAGUAAGCGAACAAAAUUAGUUACCUCCGAAACUAAUAUCCGGACACCGCCAUAUCAUUUAGGCGUCUUAUCCGGCUUGUGUAUCUCAAGAAAUAAAUUUGAAUUAAAAUCAUCAAAAGCAUCAAAUUAUCUUGUGCAUCCAAUAAACCAAAUGCCAAGAGGCAUGUCAAUGAAGAUUUCAAUUAAAGUAUUUAAUUUUAAGAAUUGUAUGUAUGGUUAAGCUUAUUUGUACCAUACCGCCAGAAAAAUAUUCCCUUACGUAUAUUUUUCAAAGGACCUAAUCUUUGCACUAUGCUAAGUUUAAUGAACUUCCUUGAAUUGAAGCUCAUUUUACAAAUUUCGUGCUAUUUAGAUGAUGUUCAGACGCCGGUCGUUUAAUUUUUUAUGUUGCCACAAAUAGGUUUCGAUA